AUGAAUGCCCGUUCACAAACGUUUGAUCUGCGCAUGGAGGGCCGCCAGGUGGAUGAGGCCGUCCUGAGCAUCUUCCACACGAUUCUGUUCCAUCGCAGCCUCGGCAAGUUCAUGUACACCGAGGAAGCGAUGUAUUCGGUCGGUACGAUCGGUUACCGGGAUGUGGAUUGUGAUUUUUUUGACUUUACCUACGUUUGUUGCACAUCGCCUCGGUUGGAGGAAACGCUUCGGCGUGAAAUUAGCAACUUUAGCCGGCAGCUGCGUAGCAACGAUAGUGGCGGCACCGGUCAGAUUAGUUUGGAGUUUUUCCAGCGAAAGAAAACGCGCUGGCCGUUCCAGACGGACUGCAUACCGUGGGAGGUGUGGACGAUACGUCUCGAGCUGCUAACCCUCACGAACGAGGACGAUUGGUUAGUGUGCCGGGAGCGGGUUAGCGAUAUGCUGACGGACAAAAUAUUCUGCAUCACCGAGAUUAUGAACCGGCACGAUUACGUGCCGAAAAUACCGAACCAGACCGAGCUCGACAUGGUGUUUGACACGACAUACCCGGACGUUCAGCCGUACCUGUUUCAGUUCAAGUUUAGUACAGCCGGCCCGAGCGGUUCGUCCGUGAGCAACACGGUGAAGAAGCUGUUCAAGGAAACGUUGAAUGUUUCAUUGUGA